GAUUACAGCACCAUUUAUCAGCGUUAAAGAAUGAACAGGGCUGUGAUAAGUUCUGUGGGCCUCCUUGUCCUUCAGUUUAUAUCGCUUUCUGCAGGUACUGAUUCUAUUAAUUAAUAAGUUAAUAGUAUUCAUAAGUGUAACCUGUUUAAAUUAGAUAAAUGCAAAAAUCCAUAUCUUUUUCACCUAUAUACAAGAUGGCACACUUGAACAUCACGGAAUGUUGCUUAAGUUUGGAAAAAUGAGAAUUUUGAAAGUCCUGGUCUAUAAUGAUAAACUUUAAGUAGGAUAAUGAAGAAAGAACAAGGAAUUAUUUAUUUUUAGAAAAGUUGCAAUUCUAUUUUAAACUCCUUGCUAAUCCUUUAACUUUCAAGAUCUGUAUGUUAAUUCUCCCCUCCAGCUGCUACACAUUUCCCAGUUAAUUAGUAAUAAGAAUUUGGUGUUACGUAAAGGAUAACAACUUUUAUCUGAUAAGUUUGAGUAUUCUCAUUCACCUAUUUGUUGGAUAGUGAAUGGAUAUAUUGGGGAGAAGUUACAUGUUAAUCACUUCUGGGAGUUAAAGGGUUAAGUCAAUCUCAAGAAAGUAGAGACUGUAAGUGCUAUCAAGCAUUUUUUUGUAGAGACACUGAUUUUGAGGAUACCAACCUUUGUGUUACCCUAAAAUAAAAAAAACCACCUUAUCACAAGUUAAUUUACUGUUCAGUACAAAUCAAUUGCAUAAUUCAAGUUUGGAAGAAGUUCUCAACUUCUGACUGAUAUUUCUUCUGUUUACAUUAACCAGCUACACCAUGUGACCCAACAUGCACAGCAACACCAGGACAAGGAACUUGUCAAAGUAAUGGACGCUGCCUUUGUUGGUGGGGAUGGACUGGACCUAAUGCAAAAUACAUAUUAUCUGGAUUCCACCAAAAUCGAAUAUUGGUAAGGAAUGUAAAAUGAAAUGACAGCAUUACAUGACCUGUUACUUUCAAAGGAAGAUUCUUCUAGUGGAGCAUGAAUCACAAUUUCCCAAUUAACUCAGGGCAAAUGACAUAUUUUGAUUUCAGGCUGACUAUUGUACGAGGUCAUGUCACUACACUCACCACUAUAGGAAUAUGGCUUGUGCAAAGAUCCCCUCCCCACCUCGGCCCAAACAAACUUCCACGGCAAAUCCAUCAACACCAUUAACUACAGGGAACCCAAGCACAGGGAAACCAAGUACAGGAAGCACAACCAAAGGUAAGGGUUUUGUCUGGCAAUCUAAAGCUACACAAAUAAUUGGCCAGAUGUCUGAUAUGAAAAAAUUAAUAUGUGGUAAAACACUGUAGAUAGCCAUGUUGAGGAAUAACAGUCAACAGUGAAUCACUAUACUUCUUGUACAAAUGAAUACGUCGUUCACCAGUGUCUUAUCUUUGCAUUAUCUUAGCUCCACCUUCUGUGUCAUGUGACCCCAAAUGCACAGCCAUACCAGGACAAGGAAUUUGUCAAAGUGAUGGAAAAUGUCUUUGUUGGUGGGGAUGGACUGGGCCAAAUGCAAAAUACAUAUUAUCUGGACUGCGCCAAAAUCAAAUACUGGUAUGGAAUAUGAAAUGAAAUGGCAGCACUAUAUGAUCCGUUACUUUGGAAGGAAGAUUCUUCUAGUGGAGCUUAAAUGACAUUUUUUCCCAAUUAACGCAGGGCAAAUGAUAUGUUUUGAUUUCAGGCUGACUAUUGUACAAGGCCAUGUCAUUACACUCACCGCUAUAGGAAUAUAGCAUGUGCAAAGAUCCCCUCCCCCCCUCGGCCCAAACAAACUUCUACAGCAAAUCCAUCAAUGCCUACGACUACAGGAAACCCAAGCACAGGGAAACCAAGUACAGGAAGGACAACCAAAGGUAAGGGUCCUAUGUCUUGACAAUCUAAAGCUACAUGGAUAAUUGGCCAGAUGUCUGACAUAAUAAAAUCAUGUGGUAAAUCACUGCAGAUACCCAGGUUGAGGAAUAACAGCCAGUAGUGUAUCAUUGUAUUUCAUGUACAAAUGAAUACAUGGUUCACCAGUGUCCUAUCUUUGUGUUAUCUCAGCUCCACCUUCUGUGUCAUGUGACCCCAAAUGCACAGCCACACCAGGACAAGGAACUUGUCAAAGUGAUGGAAAAUGUCUUUGUUGGUGGGGAUGGACUGGGCCUAAUGCACAAUUCAUCUUAUCAGGAACUCUUAAAAACAGAAUUAUGGUACUCAUGAAUAAGUAAUUUUGAUGUGAUUUUAGUUGUCAUGAAAUGCAAAGAGCAGGUUUUUUUACUUUUGUCUUAACACAUAUUACUUAAUUCUCCUUGUAAUUCAUUAUCUUACAUGAUACAAACAGAUUAUGAGAAGAGACAAGCUUAUCGCUUAAAGAGUGUUAUAUUUAUCUUAGGCAAAAUUCUCCAGCCUCAUUUUCAAAGAAAUGUAUGGUAGUCCACUAGGAGAAUGGCUAAAUAGAUCUUGGGAGUUACGUAUUCAAAGGAUGUGCCACAAAAUUGUACAUCAUGGAAAACUCAGCCUAAAU